CCUUUGGCUAUUUUGCAUUUGCUUUUGUUGAGGAAUCACAUACAAUUCUUAUUUUGGGGAGCAACAAUUUCGUUACAAAUUCCAAUUCAAUGUGUUGAAAAAGUUUAAUUUGGAAGCAUAAAAGUGGUAUUCGACCGUAAACAAACAUGUCGGCGUAUCACCGCAAUAUACAAUACCUAAAACAGCAAUUUUCAGCGUUGCUACACAAUACGUCGCCUGUUAUUACGCUUAUCUGUGUUGUCACUGGCUUUGGAUACCUGCUAUCGUACUCGGAAACUGCUGUGCGGAUUUUGAGUGUGACUCCUGGCAAGAUACUUCCUAAUGCCGAGUUCUGGAUAUGGACGGCGUUUACAUUUUGCUUCAUUGAGCUACAUUGGUGGGAAGUGCUGGUCGAUGUCAUCACUGUAGGACUAUGUGGCAAGAUGCUGGAGCCACUAUGGGGACAGAUGGAAAUGUUCAAAUUUUUUGCCUUGACCAAUUUCGGCGUUUGCAUAUUAACCACAAUAUACUAUUUAUUUUAUUUUGUUGUAACCGAUAAUCCAAGUAUACUCUUUGACGUGCACAUCCAUGGAUUGGCAGGCUAUGUAGCAGGAAUAUGCGUGGCAGUGCGACAAAUAAUGCCUGAUCAUUUAAUUUUCAAAACGCGCUGGGGAAAAUUAACUAAUAGAAAUGUGCCCUUGACUGUGUUUGUGAUGUCAAUUAUUACGUGGGCUAUACACCUAUUGGAUGGCACCUAUCCGGCAAUGUUUGGUUCGGGGCUCAUUGUUGCCUGGAUCUACUUGCGGUUCUAUCAAUGGCAUCCAAACGGGCGUGGCGAUAGUUCCGAAAGCUUUACAUUUGCCAGCUUCUUUCCAAAUGUGAUGCAACCAGUGAUAAGUAUUUUGGUAAAUCCCAUCUAUAAAUGCUGUUUGGCAUUGGGUGUGGUCAAGACACCAGCGCCGCCGCGUUUAGCAUCUCUAAGCGGUAGUUUGUCUUCAGUGUCUAUACAAAUUCCGGGUGCCGAUGCACAUGACAUCGAACGACGCAGGCAAAUUGCUUUAAAGGCAUUAAGUGAGCGAUUAAAGUCCACGGAUAAUGCGCGUCACAAUCAAUUGCCGAAAUCGUUUCCUACCGUUAACAGCGGUGGAGCGCCAAUGGCAGGUCAUCAUCAGCAUCAACAUCAUCAUCAUAAACACCAGCAUCACCACAAUCAACAUCACCACGGUCAUGAGCACAGUCAUCCGCAUGGGCAUGGACACACACAAGAGCAUGUCAGUCCAGAAGCACUAAUGAAUCCAACGUUUCUGAGACAAUCUCAGCAUGUUGGUGCUAAUAUGUCGGCACCUAUAACCACAGCGCGUGCUGAGCCACGUAUGAUUAGUACAAUGAGUACGAUAGCGAUACCCAUGCCAGCACCACCACCUAGAAGUGGUACAAGUACCGGCGUACCAACAGCAUUUAAUGAUGCGCUAAUCGAUUUGAGUGGCGAAUCGCAACAGUAGGUGUGUAAACGGAUAGGCAUUACAACGUAAUUUGAUAUUUUUAUUUAACACGGAUAAAUAUAUAUUUACAUAAAUGUGUAUAUGGAAAAGACGCACCACAAAUUGAAUGCACACUUAAGAUGCGUAGGUACAUUCAUAAAGUUGGUAAAUGUGGAUGAUGUUAAGAAAUGGUCGGUUCUACAUUUCGAGACGAAAAGCGAAUUUCUAAUUAUGCGUUUAAAAGUUAGUUUAGGUUGCCUUUUCGAUUUUGUAAGAACUUUAAUGGUAUAAAAGGGAUUAUCCGUGAUGUGUAAUAUAUAUAUAUAUAUUUUUUUUUUUAAUUUUGAAUGAAGCAGAACUUUUGUAAAACAAAACGAAAAUCCAUAACUUCUAUCCAUAAUUUCUGUACAAUUUUUUAAAGAUAAUUCUGAAAAACAAAUUCUUCACAUCGCAGCAUUAUUUCCAUUAUUUUACCGAUUUGCCUCCGAAAUUUCGUAAAAGAGUCGAGGUGUGCACAGUUAGUUUCAUUUUAGAAAAUUCGGCAAAAAAUCGGAAGAGAUCUUUACGAAUUCUUUAUGAUUUUUCUACUAUUCAGAAUACUCUGAAAACAUGGUUUGUAGAAUGUAAGGUUAUACGCUUGAUGCUCUUUAUUUCAAAUAGUUCUUUUUUUAAUGCAUCUUUAAAGUAAAUUUGACGGUAUUUGUACGGUGUUUUCCUUUCUAUUAUAUUCUUUGUGUGCUAAAAUCAAAAUUACCCUAGGAAACGCGCAAGAAAAUUUCAGCGACCUAUAAAGAAACCAACUACAUAUUAUCGUCGCCUGGGUAAAAGAUUGUCGUAUGUUAAUUUCAGCAGGUUGUGGGAAAUCGCGUUUGAAGUUUGGAAUGCAAUUUCUCAAAAACGCGAAGA